AUGGUUAUUAACAGAAAGGUAUCUACAUUGCAGAAAAAAUUGGAAUCUUUCAUGAAAAUUAUGAAACCAAAGACAUCCUUACCAACUCAAAAAAUAAUAAAUUUAUCUCAACUUCCAAUUGGUGGUUACCCAGGUCCUAUCCAUGACGCCAUACAACGUAGAGCAUAUAUAACCUCUUAUAAUCGACAACACAAACAUCCUGACUGGACAUUUGAACAUUUAACUAAAAAUUCCUUCCCAGGAAAAUUUCAAGGAGAACCGAACGAUGUAAAAAAAGAUUUAGUACCAGUAGACCGAACAAAAUCCAGAUUUCAAGAGGAUGUAAUUAUACCUGAGAAAUUCAGAGCUAAAUUAGUUAAUUAUUUUAAAUCAGGUUAUGAUAGAGGACAUAUGGUACCAGCAGGAGAUGUUAAAACAGAUCAAACUAGUUUAGAUGAAACUUUUUUAUUAACUAAUAUAGCGCCUCAAGUUGGAGUUGGAUUUAAUAGAGAUUAUUGGGCCCAUUUAGAAGAAUUUUGUAGAAGGUUGUUAUUUGUUGAAAAUUUUACAGAUGUCUAUGUAUAUACUGGAACAGCUUAUUUACCGAAAAAAGAUCCAAAUACAGGAAAAUUUUAUGUUAAAUAUGAAGUUAUAGGAAAUCCACCAAAUAUUUCUGUGCCAACACAUUUUUACAAAGUUAUUUUAGCAAUAAAAAACAAGAAUCAAAAAGAUAUCGACCUUAAUAUUGAUAAGGAUUCUAGGGACAAUGAUGAUAAAAUUUAUGCAUUAGCAACUUUUGUUUUACCAAAUGAAAAUAUACCUUCAUCAACACCAAUAUCCAAUUUUUCAGUACCCUUGGAUGCUUUAGAAAGAACAACUGGUUUAACAUUUUUUGAAAAUUUAUUAACAUCUAAACAAGUUUUACAUUUAUGUGAAGUGAUUGAGUGUAAAUUAGUUCCUAAUCCUAAAUAUUUUGCCAACAAGGCAAAUAAUGAUGAUAAGAAAUAA